AAAUCCCAUAUCCCACAUUCCAGAUUAAUUCCAUCAAUAUUGAUCAUUCCAUCUUCAACAUGUCCUUAGUUGCAGAGGCCCCAGGCUUCAUUCAAGUCUUCUCUAAUGGCACCGUCAAACGCUUCGCUCCCCAGACAGUACCCGCCUCCGCCUCCGCAGAAUGGUCCGGCGUCGUCUCCUCCACCACCCCCACCUUUAAAUACAAGUCCAAGGAUGUAAUAAUCGAUUCCUCAAAGCCCAUCACCGCCAGAAUCUUCUUCCCCGACGUCUCCGCCUCUCCCCGUAAACUUCCCCUCGUCGUUUACUUCCACGGCGGCGGAUUCUGCAUCGGAUCCACUUCCUGGGUCGGGUACCACAAUUUCCUCGCCGGAUUAUCCGCCGUCGCCAAGGCUAUCGUACUCUCCGUUGAUUACCGGCUGGCGCCGGAAAAUAAGCUCCCGGCAGCCUACGACGACUGCUACGCCGCCCUCCGGUGGCUCGGCUCGAGCCAGGAGCCAUGGCUGAAGCAAGCCGAUCUCAGCCGCGUCUUCCUCUCCGGCGACAGCGCAGGCGGGAAUAUAGUUCAUCAAUUGGCCGUGAAAACCCUAAUCGCCGGAGAAAAUGUUCCCGGCGUGGUAAUCGGAGGGCUGAUUCCGAUCCAUCCGUACUUCGGGAGCCGAGCGCGGACGGAGCUGGAGCAGGCGGCGGCGUCGGCGGAAGAAGUGGCGAUGAACGAUAUGUUCUGGAAGCUGAGCUUGCCGGAGGGAUCGGAUCGCGACUACGAUGGCUGUAAUUUUGAAAAGAGGGCUUUUCCGGCGGCGGCGGAGUGGAGGGAUUUUCCGGCGGUUAUGGUGUUCGUGGCGGAGGGGGAUUUUCUUAAGGAAAGAGGGGUGAUGUACGCGGAGUUCCUGAGGAAGAAGGGAGUGGAGAAAGUGAGGGUUGUGGAAGCCAUGGGAGAACAGCACGUGUUCCAUGUGUGGAAUCCUGAGUCUGAAGCAACGUUUCUGCUGCAGGAGCAGAUCUGCAGCUUCAUCCAUGGCUGCCUCUGAUACUGUCACAGAGAAUGAAUUAAUUAAUUCCAAAAAUUAUAUAUAUAUAUAAUAGUAUGUAACUGUGAAAUCAAAUUUACUUCCUUUUAUCAUUAUAUUUGCAUGAAAAAGACUCACGUUUUAACUAAAGAAAUAG